UCGAAGCGGGCUGCUGCAGCUGGACUGGACCGACUCCAGACCCGGACCGGGACCAGAACACUACCGUCCGACACUCCGACCUGCUGCCUACCCCUGACGCACGUCUCAUCGCGUUUCAGGCCGAUAUGAGGGACUACGCGGCUCCGAGCUACGGCGGAGGCUGCAUGUCCUGCUGCCAAGUUUGCGUCUUCGCCUUUACCGCAUUUCUGAUCGUCGCAGAGAGGACGGCGCUAAUCUACUGCUUUGUGUAUUAUUUGUGGAUUGGUCACAACUACUGCUAUGCCCAUCUUGCUGGAUUCACUGCACUGUUCCUGCUGCCAGGAUGGGGUCCCCAGUGGCUCAGUUAUCUGUGGUACCUGUCAGACGGACGUAUCCGUAGAAAGUCUCUCACCUGGACACACAUACUGCACCUUGGUAUCUUUAAAAGGCUGUGGGAGUGUAUGCGUCUGCCAGACAUUGAUGUGUACGGUGAAAUCAUGCAACAAGCUGAUGUAUCUGCUUUACGCCUGUUUGAGGCUCUGGUGGUCACUCUCCCUGAGACACUGCUGCAGACCUAUGUCCUCAUCUGUACUGAUAUAGGAAUCAAAUCUCCAGCCUCGGUGUGUUUCGCGGUGUGUUUGUUGUCUCUGGCCUGGGCUUUGGUCCUUUAUGCUCGAGCCUGUUCACUCAUCAGACCAGGACACCUACACAUGACCCCCGCUGCCAUUCUCUGUCGACUGCUGUGGAGGGUCAGUAUGUUGGGGUCUCGAUUUGCUGUUCUCAUGCUCUUCACACGCAUCUUCAAACAGUGGAUCUUGGGAGUUAUUGGUGUGCAUUGGUUGGGUGCAACCUUCUGGAUGGUGUCUCAGCAGAAUGACAUUAUACGUUCAACUAGUCGAUGGAGACUCUUCAACCUUGUUCUGGGAGCCAUUCAUGUCUUUCUUUUCCUAAAUGUGAAGUAUGGCCAGUCCAGGUACCGCAUGGCAGGGUUCUAUCUGGCCAUGUUUAUAGAGAACGCGCUGCUUCUUCUGGCAUCUUCCUGGUUGUUUACCAUGGUGACAUGGGAUACUGUAGGCAUCCCAGCUGCAGUAUUCUGCAGCUUCCUCAUUGGAGUGAUAGCGUUAGUGCUGUAUUAUCGUUUUCUCCAUCCAAAGUCUUUUGAGAUCUUCCAGAGUAUUCGCCAUAGGGGUAUAGGUGGAGCCUGUGCAGAGCGAGGAUCUACACUUUCACUGGAGGAAAAAGUCACACCCACUUUCCAACGUCAUGCAACACUAUCUGGCGGUGGGACCCUCAUGGACCUCCCCAUCCAGUGGGAGGGCUGGAAGCACCACCACUGGCUGCUGAUUCGAUUGGCUCUGAAGACGGGGGAUGUAGCUAAGAUCUGGUCAGCGUAUGGUGAGGGGGGUCUGGCUGGACUCAUGGGUCUGUCUGAAGAAGUUCACUCCCCUGAUGAACCUCGACUUCCUCGGAUUGUACCAGUUCAGCCACAGGUUCUUCAAAUUUCUCAACCAGUUCCUCAGCCACCUCAACCACAGGUGACCCAGGCCCCACAGGUUCCACAGGUGAGAGAAGUCAUCCAACCUGCAAAGCCAACACCCAGCACUGUGAUAGCCAGACCAGUGAGGCAAACUCCUCCCACAACCAUACAUGACCUUAGAAAGUUUCCAGAGAUCAUCCCCGUCCAGGAGGCCAUUCCUGAAGAGUCUGCAGAAGAUGAAUCCAGCGCUCCUGCCUCAGAGGAAAAAGGUGAUGAGGAUUUUCAGAGUGCUGCGUACGGCUCACCUUCCCCUUCCUCUCCUCGACAAGCUGGAAGCCUUCGCCACAUUGACAGUAAUCCAGCAACCCUAACGGAGGCCUCAUCCUCAGUAGGAUCCCUGGACAUCAAGACGCCUGGUUGGUCACCUGAACGACGAUCUCCACUCCUGAUUGGUUCCCCAGAGAAAAAACCAGCGAUCCCUGGAGAGUCCAGCACCACACUGUACUUCAGCGCUGAUGCACAGUCACCCUCCAGUGGCAGCUACCUUGGCUGGGGAUCCGAGUUGUCGCCCAUCUCCAGCUACAGAAGUCCCUACCGGAUCCGAGAGGCUCGUUUUAUCACAUCCACCCCACGACUGGAGCCCCGAUCAGAAAGUCCUGGUCCAUCCCCUAUUGUUGUCAUUCCUGCAACUCCAGGUACCACCCCAGGUCCCACCCCUGGAGGAACCCCAGGUAAUUCAACACCUGCUGGGUCGACACCUGCUGCUUCAACUCCUGUUGCUUCAACUCCUGCCGCGUCGACUCCUGGUGCUUCGACUCCCGGGGCUAGUACUCCUGGUACUCCAAUCAUCCCACUUACGCCAGUUAUCGCUCAUGCUCGCAAACAGAUAGUCCAGUUUGUAGACAGUAGAGAGAGGGCAGUGUGAUAAAGGUACUGGUAAAGGGGAAGGGAAAUUAUGGGUGGGGAACGAUGUCCUUUUUUGUUUUGAGGUGUUUUCAUUUUAAUAUGGGAGGGCUUAACCUGGCUUUAUUGGACAUUUUUAGCUCAAUACUGUCAAAUUAUAUACAUUCUUACUUACUGUUAAAAAUUGGCGAAGAUAGGUUAAAGUUUCAGUUGGCUAAAAUUGGGGGAAAACACCAGAAUUGAAAAACAUCCUCGCCACUGCAGCUCUCUCCUCUCCAUUCCAAGAAUAAACAAUAUAUAUAUAAAGAUAAAUGACAAUAAAAGAAAUAGAAAGUCGGAAAAGUGAGGCUAAAAUAUCACAGGUGUGGAGCUGCCAUGUUGCUUUUGUGCUAUUACCAGAGAAUGCUUAUCGGAACAGCUAGCAGAUCUAUCCCCCAGCUUCAUGGUUUGGUUAUGCAUAUAUUUGACAUUUUAAUAUAAAGUCACAAAUAAAGGUAUUAAUGACAAACUAGCUACUCAUGUUCAAUGAUCCUACCUCAAUAAAUGAAGCUGGUAUGUAUCUAAAUAUUGCAAAUUAUGCCACAAUUUAGUCUUAAUACAUGCAAUUAUAAAGUAUUUAGGCGAAAAUUUUCAUGAAGCUGCUAAAGGUCCUUUGAGAAACACCAAAAGAGUCUGUGAGUUUUGAUGCGAUUGGUCAUUUUUUUAUUGCUAAGAGGAGUCCUGGUUCCUCUCAGACCAGUUGAAUUAAAAUACACUGAAAGGAUAUGUGGAAGUUUCACCUAGUGACACAAAUAUUCUGCCUACUGAAGCUUUUAAUUCCUAUAUGUUAUACCUCAUUUUGGUCCUAAAACAUAAUUAGCAUCAUUCUGAUGCAGUAGCAAAUCCUUCUGGAUGAUUGAAGUUUGUGUUUGUGGAGGGUCUUCACAGGUUAAUGGCGAAGCUCCACCAUAACAGGUGGUCUGAUUCAUGUGUACGAGGGCUGUUAGUCUUUCAGAGUUAGACCAAACCAAGACCUCUGUUAAAUGGAAAACAUUCAGAAAAUGGCAGCACGUACGCUAGAGUAUAUACUUCAGACUACAGACCACUACUGUACAUUAUCAUACAGUGUGUACAGAAGUUUAGAUCUGGUUGUGUAUCAGAACAAAAUACUGAUAAAAAUGUUCAGGUGCUUCAUUUAUCAGUUACAUUGGUUUUUAAGUUUACAAAAUUACUUAUAACUGGACAACAAUGCAGUGAAGUCUGUGUGUAAAUGAGGUUACCGGUACUGAAGAAAUAUUAUAAAAAUAUUGUGAUAAUCAUAAAAAUGAUUAAAUCUUGAUGCAUAAAACAAUCAACGAAAUGUUCAAUCAGUGCAAAAGUCAUUUGCUAAAUAGACCUUAUGAAUAUAUAAGUUUAUAUUAAAUAUCAAGCUGUGCAGAAUCUCUUGAGCUAAUGCAACACACUCUUGGCUGGUUUGACAAAAUGAAGCAAACAGUUUAUUAAAAAUAUAAAUUAUAAAUAUAAUGAAUGUACAACUGUUAACUAAAUAUAAAAUCAAAUCCAACAACAUAAGAAGUCAAUGAGAUUUAAUCAUGCAAAUGGUCAUAAUUUUUUUACUAAUCUGUCAGCUCACAUAGAGCCUCUCGUCCAGUUUUCAGUAACCUACUCAUUUAUCCAGUCAGUCAGUGGCUGUAUAUACAGGUCAUUGUACGUUAGUGUUUACACUCAUUACUGUCAUAAAUUGUCCCAAAUGUUUUAUUUGACAUCAUCAUUACUCUGAUGAGAUUAUCAGACAGGUACAUAACUUGAGGUAAAGGUCUGAGGUAAAUUGAAUGGCAAUAAUUUCAGUUAGUCGGCACUUUACAAGAGAAAGACACAGCAGAGGUUUAUUAUCAGAAAGUAACUGUUGGGUGAUAUUUUAUAAACUACACUAUUAUAACAUGAACUCAGAGAAGGGAAUAUAAGCAAUAUAUGUUAUUAAUAUUGUAUCAGAUAUUUUGUAUUAUGAUUUUUUAAUCAAAAGUAAAAAAGUAUCUAUAGUCUGUUUUACUCAUUUUAACAACUAAUGUUAGACAAAUCAUUUAUGUGUAUAUCAUUUAUGUUUUUAUGAACAUAUUUUAUAAACUUGUUUAUGACUUCUUAUUUUUACAGUUUAGACAACUUUUCCAGUUCUGACUAUUAAAAAUAUCAAUUAAACAGGGCUAUUUAAAGGGUAAUGUAAGACGUUGUGAUUUAUUAUGCGUUUUUAAAUUUUCAGUGUUGACAUUUAUUUUUUCAGUAAUUUGGAUUAUCAUUUGAUCAAUCAAAGAAUGGAUAUAAGAUAUAGAUAGCUAGCAUAUAUAGCUAUCUAUCUAUCUAUCUAUCUAUAUAUAUAUAUAUAUAUAUAUAUAUAUAUAUAUAUAUAUAUAUAUAUAUAUUUAGCAGACAAUUACAGUAAACAUGAAAUCUGUGUAUUUGUUUUGACUGUUUUCUUCCAUUACUUUUCUCUAUUACAUUCAUCACAAAUAGUCUUACCAACUCUACUGUUGAGUAUUUAAUAUUUAGUCCUUGUAGUAAAGACACUUCAUUUAUUUAAAAGCACAGAGUAAUGAAAUUCAACUCAGCUACUCUUUAAAUCAGUGGCACCAUUCACUGAAUAAUUGGCUGGAGUAAAAAUUGACAAGGAAAAAUUUAAAGUUAAAAACCUACUACUUUGUCACAUGUAUAUUCAUUUGUACAGUGACAAUAAAACUAAACUUAAUAAUGAAGUUAACACAUGAAGAAAACUAAACAGACUGUAUUUAUUUUUAUAUUUGAUUUCUCAUUAUAGCCACAGAAUGUGACAUUUAACGAGACUGUUCUGCUAUGUAUCUGUUUACUGUUCUUUAACUAUGUUAGAUAUUAAUUCCCUCUCACCUUAUUUCCUUGUUUCUAAAGAUGAUAAUGACAGCACAGUAAAGUGUAUAUCUGUAAUGUGGAGUUAAAUGGAUGAGCUUUGAGAGCAAACGUGUAGAGAAAGCCAUGCUUCAGGCAAAGCCGCCUCAUCAAACUGUUAACAAAGUACUGUGACCUGCUGAUAGAUGCACUGCAUGUUACUCUGUUGAUACAGCCAGCUGAGAAUUGUAUUUAUUGCUCUAAAAAGCAACAAAGCACUUAUGUUUAUACAUAAAUUCACAUUACAGUAGUCAAACGCAUACUAGAAUGUAUGUGUAUGCAACAGCAAUAAGCUAGUUAAUGCAAUGUGUAUUAAUGCACUGUCAAAAUAGAUGCACAUAAGCUUUAGACUGCAGUGAUGCCUUGGCUUGUUCAGUGCGUUGCCUUGUAAAAGAGAAAAAAAACAGCUUUAGCCACCAUGCUUUUCUCAUGUGUACUGCCUUAUAUUAGUGUAAGAUAUGCUUUGCUUUGUGUACCUAAUGUAUAUGAUAAUCUUUACUUGAAUAACUAAUUUAACACAUUUUGCUUUUUUUUUUUCUUUUUUGGUCACGUUUUAUUGUUAGGAGGUGUGUCGGCAGCCAUGAUGAAGUGUUAUAAUGUUUAGUGCAAAAGUUUCAAAUGUGAGAUUGUUUGACGACAGUAUUGUUUUCAGUGACAGACUAGAAUUUGUUUGCUGAUCGAAUGUUAACAUCACCUUGUCAUUGAAUGGCAUUAAUCAACAUGCAUCACCUCAUCUCUGUAAGGAUAUCCACAGAGCUGCUGUGGUUGUGUUAGUGAUUCAUCAAAUGUGCUAUUGUUGUGACUAAAUAAAGUCAUUAACUGUAA